AUGGCAGCAGCUACUAGACCUGCAAAGGUAAACUCCAUUGAAGGAGUUUCGUCUUCUUAUUAUGCCGGUAAAAUGGGAAGAAAUAAAGACAGUCUAACCUUAGGCAAGCAUGCGAUUGUUUGUCAGGAUACGGAAUUGAGAGGAGAAAUAUCUGUCGGUGCAGGUACGGUGUUAAAUCCGCAAUGUAAAAUAUUGGCCGAAUCAGGUCCAAUACGUAUUGGUGUGAAUAAUAUAAUCGAGGAGAAGGUCAUAAUAGUAAACAAGUCAACAAAGCCAUUGAUGAUCGGUGACGACAAUGUGUUUGAAGUUGGAUGCUAUAUAGAAGGUUCCAAGAUCGGAAAUAAAAAUGUCAUAGAAGCCAAAGCUAGCGUUCUGGGAAAAACAUCUGUGGGGGACAACUGUGUCAUUGGGGCUGUUUGUUCUACAAGGACAGAUGAGGUCAUUCCCGACAACACUGUCAUAUAUGGAAAUAUGCAUAACCGAAGAGUUCAAACUGUUAAUACAAAUCAAGCAAAUCUACACACACGCCAUCUAGAAUAUCUCCGUGAUACGCUUCCGAAAUUCAAUCAUAUUCGGGGCGGUAGUGAGAGCAAGUCGACCAGGAAUGAGAAAGAGUCUCGUGACAGAUCUCGAAGAGAACAUCGGUCUCACGAUAAAGAUCAUCGGGACAAGUCUCACGAUAGAGCUCGUGACAAAUCUCGCGAUGAGGCUCGGGAGGUGGCUCGAGACAAGGAUUCCCACGACAAAGAGAAAAGAGACACUCGUGAUAAGGAAGCCGCUAAGAAAGUUGGUGUAGCCAGAGAAACGUAG